AAUUAUCAUGAAAAACGAAAGGCUUCAAAAAGUAUAUAAAGGUAGAGGGGUUAAUGACAAUAUAAAUUCUUUUGAGAAUACGGAAAAAAAUGUCGAGGGAAACGAAAUAAAAACACCUAUAAUACAAGGUGAAACGGAUAACAACGAUCAAGAAAAUUCAACACAAAAUGAACCCAAGAAGAAAUUCUUAAUCGGAGCUAAACCAAUUUUACCAACAUGUAAUGACGAAUUACUAGAAAAACUCAAACAAAGAAGAGUAUAA